UCACCGUUGGCCAGAAUUAUCAAAUUUUACCGGCACUAUAUUUUUUUAAUGCUGGUCGAUCGUCAUAAUUUCAGUCACCGGUGAUCAUCACCCCCGGUGAUAGUUAGAAAAAUUCUAAUAUUAAUUAGCCUUUUUAGUAUAGUAUUGUCUCUCCAAGUACUCUUUGAGAUCAUAGUAAAAAAUGCACUUAGAAUUUAUUUAUAGAGAAUAAAAUAUUAAGAGCUCCUAUAAGUUGAAACCAUGCUUACUGCUAUAGAAGGUGCACUUAUAGAGGUGCUACUGUAUUACUUUUUUUUUGAAUUUAAAAGCAUAUAUAUAUAUAUAUAUAAUUUGAGAAUAUUUUUAUUUGGUCAAAAAUUUCUUUUGUAUAGAUUUGAAAUAUUUGAGGUGGUGCUCUAAUUGUUACAUGAAUUACGAAUUAAAACUACAAUAUAACAUAAUCACGUUGAGGCACGCGACUUUUGCCUGAUUUUUCG